GUCAACAGUGUAGCCACAAGAGCUGUCAUUAUGAAAAAGUAAAUGUCUCAGUAAUGGAAUAAAAUCUAAUUUUCAAAAUUAUUUUUCCAAAUUAUGGCUGAAGAUGAAGCUGAGGCAACCAAGCCAGUGGAUAUAUACGAUGAAGAAUUCUAUACCAACUUAAAUAUUGCAAAAGUCCUUAUAGAUCAGCUUGGAAGACCUAGUGAUAAGCAAAUAUGCAGAAAAUGGAUUGGGAAACUUGUCGAAAUCAAUACACUCGACCCUGUAGUGAAAAAGAACCGAAAUGGGUUCUUCAAAUAUAUGUUGCAAAUUUUGAGGAAGGCUGUUAAAGAUUCUGCCUACACGAUUAAUAUUGAUGGGGAUCUUCAGGAAAAAAACGAUGACCACUACAUGUGUAAAUGGUCGAAAGACAAAAGAACGUACAUAGCCACGAAACCAAUCCCAGGUCAAGGUGCCUUAGUUUAUAUGGCCGUGGCUAAAGACCCCAGUUUGGGCUGGGACCACCCAUAACCAAGCAAAAUUAAUAGAAUGUAAAAUAACCAUGGAAUAUGUAUGAAAACAAAUAUUUUUACUUAC